UUAAAAACAGUAAGAAGUUGUAUUCAGAAAAGUCCGUACCUAAUUAUUUUCAUAAUAAAAAUGACAUCAAUUGUAUUCAAGUUAAACGUUAUACUUAUAGUGCUAUACGUCAGCACGACGUUUAUCCAUUUGUCGUCACAAACUAUCAAAGAAGAUGGUACAACUACCCAAACAGCUGUUGAGGCGGAAUCCAGUAAAACAGCGGAAUCCAGUAAAACAGCGGAAUCCAGUAAAACAGCGGAAUCCAGUAAAACAGCGGAAUCCAGUAAAACAGCGGAAUCCAGUAAAACAGAAAAAGAUGGUCAAACGGCUAUAACUGAAAAAGUUGAUAACAAAACUACACCUGAAACAAAAGAUGGUACAACUACCCAAACAGCUGUUGAGGGUUUCCAAGUGCAUUUUGGAAAAGAGGACGAAUAUAAGCAUAUGCUAUCACAUCAUUGCAUUGGUCAUUGAAUGAGUUGAUCAAUUUAUCAACAACAAUUUUUAAGAAAUGUAUAAAAUAUAUUAUCAAAAAAAAUAAACGAAUUUAAAUUUUGAACUUCGAUUCAAAUCAGUAAUUUUUAUCAGAUGUUUUAAUCAAAUUAUUUUAUGAGUAAAUGUAUAUUGUAAUUGUUAAUUUUAAGAAAACGAUUGUAUCGUGUAUAACAGGGUUGGGAAACUAGCGACCCGCGGCCCGGAUGCGGCCAGCGUACCAUUUUUCACUAGCCCGUGCUACAUUUGAAUUUAGUUUAUAAAAAUAUAAAAUGAUAAGAUUUUUCUGUAUUUUAUUUUAUUAUAUUUAUAAAAUUAAUAAAAUCGAUAUAUUGUUUAUCGUAAGACGUAGAUAUAAAUUCUUAUCUAGUAUUGAACUACUAAAUGUAAAUAAUAUUAUAUUAUUUAUAGAGGUAUAGUUAACAUUAGGUUUUUUUUUUGCUUCCUAUGUUCUCUGGCCCGCUAGUUUUUCGCACAUUCAAAAUUAGCCCUCUAGUAGCAUUGAGUUGCCCAUCCCUGGUGUAUAAGAUACGUAUGUAUCCAAAAUUAUUUUCAACAACAUUUUACAAAUAGAAAAAAUUUGAAUAUUUGACUUUUUUAUUGAUUAUCGGUCUUACCUUGAAAUAACAAGGUUAACAUAAUAUAAUAAUAUCAUAAAGUUCAAAGGAUAAGUCAUAGGUAGUUUAUAAUUAAAUAUUUAAUUUUUUUUUUUAUAUAAUUUAUUAUAUAC